AUGGGAGUGGCGCGCGAGCGCCUGCUGCCCAUCGACUGCUGUGCCACAGCGGUCGCCUUCCACCCCACAGAGCCGGCCCUGCUGGCCGGCGGCACCUUCAACGGAGAGGUGGUGCUGUGGGACCUGGGCAGGGACGCGGCGGCGGGGGACGACCCGCAGGUGGCGCGCACCGACAGCCUGGGGGAGGCGCGCCACAGGGAGCCCGUGACCGCGCUGGCUUGGCAGUACAGCGCCGCCGAGGCGCGCCGCCACGGGGCGGGCGGCGGCGGCGCGCACCUGCUGCUGAGCCUCGGCGCAGACGGGCGGCUGCUGGUCUGGCGCGGCGCGGGCGGGCGGCUCGACAACCCUCUAAUGACGUAUGAGCUGCGCUGCCCCCAGCCAGGCUCCGGUUUCGGGGCCGGGGUUCUACCGGGCGCCCUCUGCAUGUCAAUACCACGCGGCCGCCCUCGCUCCUCGGCGCCGGCCGCGCCCGCCGCGCCGCCGCCGGCGCCCGGCGCCGCGUCCGAGGCGGCCGGCGCCGCGUUCGUCGGUCUGGAGGGCGGGCGGCUGCUGCGCUGCCAGCUGGCGGACGCUGACGAGGCGGCCCUGCGGGAGCAGGCGCGCGCGCUGGCGGGCGGGGAGAGGCAGGAGCCGCGCUGCCCCGUGAGGGAGGCGGGCUAUGAGCGGCACGAGGGGGCCGUGACGGGCGUCGCCGCGUCGCCGUUCCAGGCUCACGCCGUCCUGUCCUGUGGCACAGACGGCUGCGUGCAGCUCUUCAACUCGAUGCGCCUCCGGCCCGCCCUCCGGCUGUACGCGCCGGCCGCGCCGCUGCUGGGCGUCGCGUGGUCGCCCGUGCGGCCGCUGGUUUUCGCGGCCUCGACAGGGGACGGCACUGUGCUGUUCUAUGACCUGGGGAGGGCGCAGCAGCAGGGCGCGCUGCCGGCGCCGGCGCUGGCGCUCGACGCUCGCGAUGGGGGCGGCGGCGGCGGGCGGCCCAGGCGGCGCGCGGCAGCGGCAUUCAACCGCGCGGUACCUGCGCUGUUUGCCACUGCUGCAGGCGGGGAGGUCAAGGUGUGGCGGCUGCCCGAGCAGCUGGCUGGCGGCGGCGACCAGCUGCAGGCGUCAAAGCAGCUGGCACGACUGGUGCAGCUCGGUUAG